AUGGAGACAAUGGAAACCUGUUCCAACGAAGGUUUCGGUCACGUUGUCUCGUUGCCAACAUCAGCGCGAAGAAGUAUUGUAAUAAUAAUUGGAGGAUAAUUCAAUGAAAAAUUGCAGUCAACGUUCCGUUGGUGGCGCCGCGCUCCGAAGAAGAAGGCCGAUUGGUGGUUUCUUCGCGUCAAACGGACAGAAUGGAGGCCGACGACCUCGUAAGUCUCGCCUGCCAACUUGCCAAUGCCAGGUUGACUCAGAUUCCGCUGUUCAUUCUUUCCACCGCGAGUAUUUCAGAGAUUUAGUCAAAGGUCGAGCCUGCGACCGCCUGCGCGAUAUUGCACGUCAGAUGGAGCAUCUUCAAAUGGUUAGUUUAAAUGUUUUCUCGUGGCUUUGAGAAAUUAAAUAAGGCUCAUCGGGAAGGAUGAACGGCUGAAUUCUCUCAAGCUUUUUGAAAAUUGUCUUAUAAGUCUAGAGUGGCAAAAAAAAACAUUAAAAAAAAUGCUUUUCGAGAAGACAUUCCGAUGAGUUUCUUCCAAGGGUUUCACAAACUCCAGCAUGUUUUCCCGGAGCGCCAAAAAACGCCUUGUCUUCUUUUUGUGGCUUGAAAAUUCAUGGUUUUUCGUUUCUGAUAAGCUUUCGGUGAUUGUUUUCCCGAUAAAUUGACCCAGAAACGUCUCUAAAAGUCUCUAAAAAUUAUGAUUUGAGGCUGCGCGAGAGAUACUGCAAGAUGCGCAAAGAGACGAAGACCUGCACCAAGUGCCGUGCAAUAUGGCCAAGCAGCCUGGCAGGAUUUACCAUCUAUACUCCAAGAAUGGCCAGAGGUUUUCCUGAAUUGGAUUUUUCUCCAAAAAAAUGCCAUCCAAGAUUUUUCUCUCUGAUCGCGCCCCACGAGUGGGGACAACCUGAAAAGCUUGAGCAGUACUCUGGAUCUUACCGCUUGGAGUUUGACCGAAGUUGGACCCCAAUCGAUGAGGUUUCAGUACCUUCAAAUCGAAGGACAUUAAUGUGUUUAGGUGGAGAAAAGGGACACAGACGUUGAGCGAAUACAGCAUUUAAUGCGACGCGGCGGUCCUGCAAUGCUAACUUUUGGUUCUUGAGACUUUUUACGAUUAAUUAAUUUUCAUAUUUAGUUUUUCUCAUUUUUCAGCAGGGUUUGAAAGGCCAUGAUAUAAAUCAGAAAAAUUCCUUUUAUACUUGAAAAACUAUAUGAAGUGGGAAUCUUGAGAGUGCCUUCUAGAUGUAUCACUUUGCCUACGGGCGCUUAGCGGAUCCACGUGCUUUUUAUGUUCGUUCUUUUCGAUCAGUGUAUAAAUUUCUCUGGGUUAUCUUCUUCAUUAUUCAUUAUUUUUUGGUUUGAACCUAUGAUAUUUUUCGUUCUCUCCCAUUUCUUUUUGUAUCUUUUCUCAGAUGGUAACGUCUACAGUAGACGUCUUGAUUCUCGACAAUGGUGCUUACAGUUUAAAAAUUGGGACCAGCACUGACGAGUAUCCAAGGUUUUUUUUCCCGAUUUUUUUGGUAAAAUAAACUUUGGUUCAAUGAAUCAUUAAAGCGCAGUUUUUUAUUUCCAUAAAUGUCAUUAAUUUUCAUUUAGGUUGAUUCCGAACAGCAUUGUGAAAGCUAAGCAUGAGAAAAAGCGUGUUUUUGUGGCCGACGAAUUUUCGGAGUGCGUCGAAAAAACAGCUUUGUUUUAUGUCCGACCUAUUGAACGAGGUUACGUAGGUGAGUAGAUUCGAAGUUUUCAACAAACGUCUAAAAUUUUUUUCUUUUUUUGGAUAACUCUGACAUGGAGCGCAUAAAGUUGCGGCGGCAUGUCAGAGAAUGUGGCCGCAUUAGACUUUUUCCUUUUCAGUUAACUGGGACACUCAACAGAAGAUUUGGGAGCGAGCAUUCGCCUCGAUGAGCCUGGAGACCCAGAACAAACGCCUCGUUCUCACCGACAACAACUACCUUGUCCCGGCGCUGAGCGACGUCGCCAACGAGUUGCUUUUUGAGGUCUUCGAAUUUGAUGCCGUUCAUAAAACUUCCGGUUUCAUUCUCCGAGGAUAAUUUUCUUAUAAUCUCAGUUCAGCAUCUUCCUUGGUGGCUGAGCACUCUAGCCGAGUACUGAACGAACGCUGCGUCUUGGUUGUCGAUUGCGGCUUCUCGUUCACCCACGUCGCUCCAUUCGUCGAUGGUCUUCUCAUUCAAGAAGCUGUCGUCAGGUAUUCGUUCGAUGAUUUUAAUAAAGUUUGAUCGUUUUUGUAGCUCCACAAAAAUUUUUUUGUGAGCAUCACAAAAAAUGACGCUUCUUUUACAGAUUGGAUGUAGGCGGGAAAGCACUAACCAACAAGCUCAAGGAUUGGAUUUCGUAUCGUCAGCUAAACGUCAUGGAAGAGACGCACGUUAUAAACGAGUGCAAGGAAGACGUUUGUUUCGUCAGCCAAGACUUUGAUCGGGAUAUGGUUUUCGCUAGGUAUCACUCUUUCAAGUAAGACUUUUCUCAGCAAGGAUUUCAAGAAAAAAAGCAAUGGACAAUUUCCUGAUCAAGCGAUACGUGCUGCCGGAUUUCGAGACGCGGCAUCGGGGCGUUGUCACCGACAUCAGAGGUAUAUUUAAUGAGAUUUCCUUUUGGAACUUCUUUGAAAAAAAAUUCAACGCAAAAAGCCUGACAGUAUCCAGAGGGAGCCGAACCGAACUCUCAAUCCAUAACGUUGAAUGUGGAACGGUUUGCAUUGCCUGAAAUACUCUUCAAGUACGUGUUCUCCAUUUUUCUCACGUUUCACUUCUUUUUAGUCCAUCAGACAUAGGGGUCGACCAGAUCGGAGUGGCUGAAGCUGUUGUCCACAGUAUACAAAGCUGUCCGGAGAACUUGCGACCGGCAUUAGCCGAGAACGUCGUGGUAAUGGGUGGAUCCAGUAAAUUCCCUGGUUUCACAGAAAGGCUGUUAGUGGAUGAAAGCAAAACCCGAAACUUGGUUCAUUAUUUCAGACGAAAGGAGAUCCGGUCGUUCCUGAACGCCGACUACGACCUGAAGGUAGUGGAAGGCGUGCCCGACGCAGAGACCCACGCCUGGAGAUGUGCUCGUGAGCUGUUCGAGGAGAAGACGCUGGACACGCUGCCGUGGGUGUCGCGCUUGGAUUGGCUGGAGCACGGCGAAUCUCUCGAGUACUCUCGCUUCUUCCGCACUCUCCGCACGAGCGACGAGCUCCGCGAGCUCAUGCUCCGUGAGAGGGAAAACGCGGCCGACGUCGUCCUCGACAUUUCCACGUCCAACAUCUCUGAACCUACCGACUUGUCUUCCCUGUAG